UUACAAUUGAAAGUCGCGUUGCACAAUUAAGUACCAUUGUCUAGAAAAACAAUGGAAUUAUUAGACGUUUUAAAAAAAGUUUAGGAUGUGUGACCACAACAACUAAAUGGUUCUUUAAAUGUUUUUCUAGAUAAAACCCAAAAAACAUCUUACAAUAACAUUCGUCUGGUCUGAUUCAGAUUAAAAGAUCAUAGGUCAACAUUUUGAUAUAAAUUUGAUGAUGAUAAAGCCAACAGUCAGUGCAUUUGUAGACCUGAUAGAAACAUGUUUAAGCACCUUUUAGUUUUGACCAUUGUUUUGGUGAGCUUUCAAGUUUUUGGGGCUUCAGCAGCACCAAACGAAUCUCCAUUUCAAAAAGAAGAUUGUCUAAAAAGUUUCGAGUCCGGGCCUGUAUCCUGCUAUGGAUCUGUACCGAUUUUUACAUGGGACAAUGGUAAAAGGGAAUGCGUAAGUGCUUUGUAUGGUGGUUGUCGUGGUACCAACAACAACUUCAAAACAUUGGAAGACUGUCAAAAAAUCACUGCAAUUUGUAAAAGUUAAAAUACCUACAAGUUUGUUAUGGAUUACCUAUAAUAAAAAUAAUUACAUUGUU